AUGGCGGCUCUGGCGGCCCUCGGGGCUCCCUCGGUCCCCGAAAUCUUCGCCACCAUGGAGGAGGGGCCGAUCCCCGGCGGGCCCGAGCCGGGCGAGGCGUGGCUGGAGUCCCACGGGCGCAACCUCGGACACUUCGUGAACGGGACCUGGCUGAGACCCGAGAGGAGGGAGAGCCUCGAGUGCCGCGAGGCCACGGCGGGUGCCGCUCUGGCCACUUCCGGCAAAUCUCGGUGGUUCCGGGCCGCUCUGGCCCCUUUCUGGCGAAUCUCGGUGGUUGCCGGGGCCGCUCUGGCCCGCCCCGCCCGUCUCGGCGGUUGCUCGGCGGUGAUGGCGGCUCUGGCGGCCCUCGGGGCUCCCUCGGUCCCCGAAAUCUUCGCCACCAUGGAGGAGGGGCCGAUCCCCGGCGGGCCCGAGCCGGGCGAGGCGUGGCUGGAGUCCCACGGGCGCAACCUCGGACACUUCGUGAACGGGACCUGGCUGAGACCCGAGAGGAGGGAGAGCCUCGAGUGCCGCGAGGCCACGGCGGGUGCCGCUCUGGCCACUUCCGGCAAAUCUCGGUGGUUCCGGGCCGCUCUGGCCCCUUUCUGGCGAAUCUCGGUGGUUGCCGGGGCCGCUCUGGCCCGCCCCGCCCGUCUCGGCGGUUGCUCGGCGGUGAUGGCGGCUCUGGCGGCCCUCGGGGCUCCCUCGGUCCCCGAAAUCUUCGCCACCAUGGAGGAGGGGCCGAUCCCCGGCGGGCCCGAGCCGGGCGAGGCGUGGCUGGAGUCCCACGGGCGCAACCUCGGACACUUCGUGAACGGGACCUGGCUGAGACCCGAGAGGAGGGAGAGCCUCGAGUGCCGCGAGGCCACGGCGGGCGUGGCUGGAGUCCCACGGGCGCAACCUCGGACACUUCGUGAACGGGACCUGGCUGAGACCCGAGAGGAGGGAGAGCCUCGAGUGCCGCGAGGCCACGGCGGGUGCCGCUCUGGCCACUUCCGGCAAAUCUCGGUGGUUCCGGGCCGCUCUGGCCCCUUUCUGGCGAAUCUCGGUGGUUGCCGGGGCCGCUCUGGCCCGCCCCGCCCGUCUCGGCGGUUGCUCGGCGGUGAUGGCGGCUCUGGCGGCCCUCGGGGCUCCCUCGGUCCCCGAAAUCUUCGCCACCAUGGAGGAGGGGCCGAUCCCCGGCGGGCCCGAGCCGGGCGAGGCGUGGCUGGAGUCCCACGGGCGCAACCUCGGACACUUCGUGAACGGGACCUGGCUGAGACCCGAGAGGAGGGAGAGCCUCGAGUGCCGCGAGGCCACGGCGGGUGCCGCUCUGGCCACUUCCGGCAAAUCUCGGUGGUUCCGGGCCGCUCUGGCCCCUUUCUGGCGAAUCUCGGUGGUUGCCGGGGCCGCUCUGGCCCGCCCCGCCCGUCUCGGCGGUUGCUCGGCGGUGAUGGCGGCUCUGGCGGCCCUCGGGGCUCCCUCGGUCCCCGAAAUCUUCGCCACCAUGGAGGAGGGGCCGAUCCCCGGCGGGCCCGAGCCGGGCGAGGCGUGGCUGGAGUCCCACGGGCGCAACCUCGGACACUUCGUGAACGGGACCUGGCUGAGACCCGAGAGGAGGGAGAGCCUCGAGUGCCGCGAGGCCACGGCGGGCGUGGCUGGAGUCCCACGGGCGCAACCUCGGACACUUCGUGAACGGGACCUGGCUGAGACCCGAGAGGAGGGAGAGCCUCGAGUGCCGCGAGGCCACGGCGGGUACGGGGACAGGGCCUGG